CUGACAACGAAUAACCAGAGGCAGGGCUGAAAUCUGCCGUUUACGUCUCUGAUUUCUUACAACAAAGCCGGCUCGAGAAAUUAUGGAGGAGAUACCUCUGGUUUAUCCCAGUCACGCGGAAACACCGCGGCGCUAUGUCAUAGAUAUUGACCAGAGGCGACUGAAGCUAGCGGAUUGCGAUCUUUCUUUGGGCCAGCAUCAGCAACAGCUUUUUGCAUCCAUCGGCUCGAACAACGUGCCAGCGUAUCUGGAACCUGUCGACGAGGCUCUAUCGGGGGCGGCCAGUAUCUCAAGCGUGACUCUGGGAGGACAAGAAUUACUAGUCACAACAAGUGCUUUGRUCGAAACGCCCAAAAUAGUCAGCGUAGCUCUGUCGUGGAAGAAGCACAAGGAAGAUGUAUUGGAUUCUCCAGCUAUUAUUGAGCUAGAUACGAAAGACUUGCAAGUGGUAGCGAUCCGUGCCUUUGCUGCAGAGAAUUCUGACGCUGGAAUUAGCCUGGUUCUUGUAGGUUGCCGGGGAACCAUUGUUGCUAUAACAUUGGACGGCAAUCUCUUUGUAGACACGGAUAGCCAGUUGACAGUAUUGAAUCGGGAAGACUACAUCCCAGCUUCAUUGCUCGAGCAAGUAAGUCCUUCGAAUCUGCAAGGAAAUAUGAUAGCUUUCUUACCUUCAAAAAACCACCAAAUCGUCAUGGCAUUGGCUCCUUUGAUACUGACCAUCGAUUGGAAGGUGACUGGAAGCAUCUCUGUUUGGAGCGAAACACAAUGCAAAGAGGACAUGGCGGCACGUGCGGCUCCAUUCACUGGCAUGAUUACCAAUCUUCCCAGUUUGAUUCUCGGCAAGAUAGACGCAGACGUAGUGGACAUGGCUCCAACUGCUGCGUUGUGCGUUUCCUCAAAUCCGAUUCAUUCCGGARACGAGGAUUCUACAGAAGUCCUUGUUUUCUCUUURCAUUCCGAUGCGAGCAUCCGCAAGUGGAAGAUCGACCCAGAGAGCUCCUUGUCACCCAUCGCGGUCACCACCUURGAAUCCAAGAAACUCGCGCUUCCGUCUACGUGGAGCGCUGGAGUGAAGUCAGUCGCCCUCUGCGCCAGACUUUACGAACAGACUUUCGCCCUCGCUGUUCAUAUCAAGACAAAUACUAUCUCAGCCUACAACGAGGGGAAAUCGGACUGUAAUAUUUGGGUAUUUGAAGGUAACGAAAAGAAUGAAGCUUCGCUCUAUUGCCAUGUCAUGACGAUUCCUAAUGACGCUGUAUCAUUAGUAGGGAUGUCUUUCUCGCCUUCCCAGCGUCGCUGUACUCUUUCGGUCGUCUAUGAAGCUGUGAAAGCUAGCAAUGUUAGACGUAACAGAGACUCGGUAGCAAGUGGAAUUAAGGUCAUUAACUAUCCACCCAGUCUCUUGUCUAUUGUGAGCUCCGAGCCAGAAGAGAUCGAUACGUCAGAUUUAGACAAAAUCGCUACAAAGGAACUCGCGAGAAUCCGAUCCCUCCUCUACGGAUCGAUUGUAUUGAGAGAAAUCGAAGAAGAGGACGAGGAAGCAUUUGAUGCAGACGAACCGUUUAGCGUUGACCAGGCCCUGAAUAGACUCGAUUCAUUAUACAUGAAACAUCUUUUUCGCCCUAUUUUUCCGCGGGGAAAUGGAACAGUUUUGGCACCAUCCGAAAGUUGUAUCCGUCGAGCAUUGUCGAAACUCGUUCAUGGCGCUAUGAAAGAACACGGAAUGAGUGUGGAACUGGAAACUAUAAGAACUUUACACGAAUGGCGAAACAGGGACAAACGCAAGUCCGCGAUGGGAUCUCCUUCAAAACUAAACCGAAAUAUGCUCACGCCUGACAAGCAAAUGACAAAAACAACACCACGGAAUAAAGCAGUCGAAACAAAGCUCUCGGUGUACGAGUCUUUCGUUGCACCAGACGAUGAUGUCAACGGGGUAGACAUGAUGAUUCAGGAUGAAUACGACGAACUCGAAGAAUUCGAGGAAGAAAUGAUUUCCGAAGUUGAGGCACACGAAAGCAGAUGGCAGCGCCUUCUCUUCGAAGUUUGGGAAGAAGAGCAAACUCUACGCAGCCCGCAAUGCGUAUCUUGGUUGACAUCACUUCCAGUCCAGGUUUUAGUUCGCGGCAAUAUCACAACAGUUCUGACAAGCAACGCCCGCCCUAGAACAACAAAUAAGGAAUCAUGGAUAAAAUCCUUGGACGACGCAUCGAGAAAUGCUCUCGAGCUUAUAGAAGGCGACCAUGAAAAGUCUAAAAACUUGUACCAAAUCGAAGAGGAGUUGACCUUUAUCAUAGCCAACGCCCAACUUGCGACUUCCCCACACACCGCAAUCACAGAAGGUCUCACGUCGUUAGGUCGCUGGGCCCGUUUGCAGGGGAAUAGCUCUGACGAUGGGAGACUGAGGAAAAUUCUCAGUCAAGUUCCUAUGAAGGAUUUAGUUGACUGGGUCGAAGGUAGACCAAGCGAUCUAGAAAUCUUCAACUAUGAACCACGACAAGCCAACGUACAAAGUGAUGUGAACUGGAGCGGUCAACAAGUAGCAAAAGUUCAGUUGCGUCAUGCCUCUUGUAGUUGCGCGAUACGAGCAACUGAUUUCAUUCGUCGCUCGAGACUCGGAAAAUGCAUACUUCUCCUCGAGUUGGCAGCUGGCAGUCAAGUGAUCUCUUCUGCCUUUCGAGCCUACGUACAAAGUAUUGCGAUUUUGUGGACUUCAGCUCAAAGGAUCAGGACCGAUACCGCAUUUCGAACUAGCACUGGAAACAAGAUGCGGGGUAGGAAAAUACGUUUCGACGACAGUCCUCGUCAUGGUUCACCCCCAAGCAAGCGUUCAAGUUUUGGGGACAGCACAUCAAGUAUUCUGAUGCCAUCAAGCUCUUCAAUGUCAACUACUUUGGACGUCGUGAUGAUCAGGAUCUCACAAGAGAUGGUAGGAUCUUUUGAUGUAGAACAUUCUCCUUGCUCCGCGAUAAUUAUGUUGAGCGGGUCGUUUGUUGAUCUUAUAUUUGCAUCGAAGAAGAAAAGAAUCGACGGUGCACGUAGAUUCAUGCCCGAAUUAUGCGUCCUCCCAGUUCCCUAUGACAGAGAGCGACCGACAGAGCACCCUGAUCUAGCACUGCGACUCUUAGCGCCAUUUGUUGCCUUUCAGAUCUCUGACGACUCGCCUGAAUCAGUUGCGGCAAGGAAAGAAGAAUUAUCUUCAUGUUUAUUGCACGCUGCGCUUUCAAAAUCGUUUUCACCGAGUCAAAAGUCUGCAAUGAGAGAGAUGGCGUGCGAUUUACUUGUUCCGAAGCACCAGGAAAAUUACAAUCCGGUUCAAAAAGAUUACACUAGAGAAGGGCUCAUUGCCAUCAAAUCUAUACAGACUAACAGAAUCGCAGGUUCUGUUGAAGAUUUAAGGAGUCUCAUGCAUAGCAUACUACCGAAUGCUACUUCCCUCGACAUAAUUCGUUUGUGUGAACUCGCAACAGCGAAAGACCUGUUCAGCUCAUACACAUCGGUUUCUGAUGACAUCUUGGACGAUACGAYUCGUUCACACGCAGUGCAGAUUGCAAAAAUUAUGCUUCGUCUUUCACAACUCCUUCACCGGCUAAGUAUUCUUGAAAGAUACGUCACUAGAAGCGAGAACACUGAUUUUGGAGAUGACUAUAACUCUGACAGUCUCUUGCAGAUUAUUUCGGAUGCAAUUGCUGAUAUGGAAGCUACCUUUCCCGAUGAUUUUCUGAAGAAGAUGCCAGAAUAUGUCAGUAUAUGGACGAGAAAAUUCAAUCAUGCAGUACGAGCGUGUCGCUGGAGUCAAGCAUACAAUGCAUGUGUCAAGAAUCCUCUAGAGGCUCAUCGGGAAAAUAAUUUCAAUCGUUUAGUUCGAGCAAUGGUCGACUCUGGGGCGCUAAAUGAGCUUUUAGAUAUGUGCACACAACUUGGAAUAAGGAGUUCCGAUCAAAUGGAUGACGAAGCUAAGGAAUCUGAAUCUAUUGAUUUAUACGAAAUUGCGUCUAGCGUCUUACUCACAUACGCUGAUUGCGAUGUCUAUGAUGCACGGGCUAAUUCAUCAUCCAAUACCAAUCUAUCAGAUUAUCAAGGCGCUCUUUAUGCGCUGCAUGCUUCGCAAGAGCAGUGGAGAAGAGCGGCGCAGUCUUUGGAUCUUCGAUAUGUCAAUGCAGAAAAGGCGCUCAGAAAAUCUAUCGGAAAAUCAGGAAUAAAUAUUCAGACUUCAGAAUUGCGGGAUGGCUUGAUUGUUCAAGACCUAGCUCUUUCUGCCUGUGGAUCUGCCAACGCUAUUCACCUGGUAAAAGAUCAAGAUUAUCGCUUCCUCGUCUCGGGUGAAUACGGAAAAUUUAGUGUGAUUCAGUCGGGCGGCGAUACCAUAGUCGACACCCCAAACAAACUGAAGCGCGUUAGAUCGAAGGAUGCAAAAAGUAAUGCAAAUGACGACGGGAGUACGGCCGAACGUCUCUCAAAGUUCAUGGUCAGUUCGCAUUUAGAUGGGAGAGCAAUACGAAGCUUAGCGCUGAGGACUCUUUUCUUUGACAGAUCAACAAGCUUUGAGUUUGCCAAAUCUGCAUUUCGCCGUGGUAAAGAAACCUGGCAAAUUGACAUCGAUGAACUUUUCAAAAAUGGUUACUAUCAAUAUGGACUUCUGCUUGCAAAGGCACAAAGUAAUACUCAUCGCAAUGGAACAGCAAAACUAGGGGGCAAUGACAUCUUUGGAGACUACUUAUCGCACUUGAUGCAAGAUUAUUUGGUUCCCUUAUCAUUCUCAGACGAUGAUGCGCCAAGACCGACCCUCCGACAACUGCAACUUGCAAUUGAUACCGCAUCAUCCAAUGAAAGCGGGGCAUCAUAUAUCGUUACUGAAAGAUUUAUGGAUUUGGCGAGUCUACAAAAGUCUGCUCUCAGGGCUUCUACUUUUGUCUUGCUUCAGAAGCUCACCAUGACUCACUCGACUGCCGAGACACCGUUUGGUCUUGGUGUUGCUUCCUCCUUUCUCGAUAUAGACAACAGCACAAAAUUACCAGUAUGGCUCGAAAGGCAAUUGCUAGGACUAGAUUCGGUGACGGUCGGAGGCGGGGCAUUCGCACCGCGGUCGAAGGCUGGCUGCUUGAAUUACUUAGGAGACCCUUCUGCUCUACUUCGACUGUACACUCGCAGGGGAAUGUUCGCUGAAGCCUGUGAUGUUGUAACCUUGGUUUUGGAAAAUAAUGACCGUGUAGCCAACCCGGCAUCAAGAUUGCCAGAGAAAGGAAACAUUGACUGCGUGCCUUAUCACUCUAUUGAUCUGCUUUGGAACCUGAUCGAAAUCGCGUGUUCCAAAGGCGUCUAUGACACUGACGAGCAGGAUUACAUUCUGACGGCACGGCAAGAUAUGGAAGAGGCCCUGAAGAAACAUUAUGAACUGAUGCAAGUCAGUGAAAUGGGACUGCGAAGUGCACGAAUUCUAAACGCGUAGACGACAACCAGAAUUCGAAACGAUAGCCGGGAAAAUUCCUUCGCGUGUCUUGUAGUCAACAGCAGGCAUUGCAGAAGCAUCGCACGGCCACCCGCGCAC